AUGGGGCUGGUAACCCUGCUGGGAUCGCUCAUCUGGGUGCGGCUGUUUGACGAACUGGCGAGGCGAGUCCUCAUUGAACGGAAGCUGAGUCGCAAGCUCGUGCACAUUACCACAGGCCUGCUCUUCAUGCUCUUCUGGCCGCUCUUCAGCACGAGCUUCAACGCUCGGUUCUUUGCCAGUGCCGUCCCUCUCAUCAACGCCACGCGCCUGCUGCUGCUGGGGCUGGGAGUGACGCGCAACGAGGGCAUGGUGAAGGCCAUGAGCCGAGAAGGCAGCUCCAGUGAGCUCCUGGGCGGCCCGCUCUACUACAUCCUCACGCUAGCCUUCGUUACAAUCACAUUCUGGCGCUCCUCCCCUGUUGGCGGGGUGGCACUGGCGCUCAUGUGCGGUGGAGAUGGUGGGUAG